AUGCGGCUCUCGCUCGCGUCCAGCGCGCUCCUGCCCUCGUCAGGCUUGCCAUGCACUUCUUCAUUUGCCUGGACGUCCGCCUUGAUUGGUGGCGUCACGAUCCGGGCGGAAGACCUAGCUGCUUCCAUGGUGUUAUUCUUCAUCUUACUCGUAUUCCUCGUCAUCGGCCUCCUUCGAACUUAUCAAGGCAGACACCUCCUCGACAUCCUCUUCGUCUUCACACCCACCCUGCUCUUCGUCAUCUGUCUCACCAUCUGGUCAGCGCUACGAGCGCAUCUGUCCAACACUUUGCACAGGUCCAAUUUCGACCCGGUCUUGUCCCAGCAGAUCUUGUCCGAGAUGGUGGCAGCAAAUGGGUUGAUCAGCUGUUCACCCAUGCUGUUGGGGGAGACGACAUUCCACGUGUUUGGAUUGUUGGCGAAGCGCAUCGCGACGAGGGGAAAGAGCACAAUCGGCCUCUGGCUCCGAUAUCGACUCAGCGCAGGUGUGGUCUUCCACAUCAUAACCAUCCUCUCCUGCCUCAUGUUUCAUUUUGCGUGGAAGUGCGUUCGUGACUGGGCAGCGGUCCAAGUCUAUCUCAGCGGCGAUUGGAGCAAGUCAACCUUCGGAAACGACGCUGACUUGGAAGAGCUGGCGCGACGCAUUCGAAGAGAAGCGGAAAGGCCGGUUCUGUUUUACCUACUCGGAAUAGUGCCGAUUGUCACCGCAAUGAUCCUCAUCUACACUCUCGAUCUGGUCUCGUACACCAAUCCACCUCCACCACCCGCAGCGGCACGAGACCCCCACACAACCCGAUUCCAUCUGUUCCUGGAUCCGAAAUCACCCCGAAUCGAGCUGCUGCUCACCUCCAAGAACGCUACCGCAGCAGCAGGCAAAGGAGGCGAGGACGGGAAAAAGGGAGGUGGUGGUGGUGGUGGCAGAGAAGGCAAAGGCGAUGCAAGCAAGGCAACGGGAGGCGAGAUGUACGUGGUCAAACGGGGCUGGUUGGGCGGAUGGAGUCUGCAACCUGCCAAGAAAGGGGAUAGCUGGAUGACAAAGAUCAAGAAACGCGCACAACAGGGUGUUCAGAGUUGGAUCAUGGGAUGGUCCUCCAAAGCAAAAGGCGCCACUGCUGUAUGA